AUGUUGAGACUUGACGGGAAAAUCGCAGUUAUCACUGGCCUCGGUCAGAGUGCCCCUGGAGGAUGGGGCAUCGGCGCUUCAAUCGCAGUGCUUCUAGCACGACAGGGCGCUAAAAUAUUCGGCGGCAACCGCACUCUCGCAUCCGCCAUUGCGACGAAGGAAAAGAUCGAGGAGGAAGGAGGGAUUUGCGAUAUCUUAGAGACAGAUGUCACAUGCUCGGAUUCUGUCAAGGCCCUUAUCGAUGCGUGCAUGGCCAAAUAUGGACGCAUCGACAUCUUGGUGAAUAAUGUCGGUCGUUCAGAGCCUGGGUGUCCGGCGACGAUGUCUGAGGCAACGUGGGAUUCGCAAAUGGAUAUCAAUCUCAAGCCUGUCUUCUUGGCUUGCCAUCAUGUCCUUCCGAUCAUGGAGAAGCAGGGCAGUGGCGCGGUUGUCAGUGUGGCCAGCAUUGCGGGUUUGCGGUAUAUUGGAAAACCUCAAGUCGGAUACUCAGCGUCAAAGGCGGCCAUUAUGCAGUUCAUGAAGGCUACUGCUGUAAUCUACGCCUCGAAAGGAGUAAGGUUGAAUACAGUGGUCCCUGGAUUGAUGGAUACGCCGUACACGAAGAAUCUAUCAACUCGAUUUGCGAUCGAUGAUGGGUACGAAGCGUAUAUGAAGAUGAGGAAUGCGCAGGUUCCAACUGGUAGGAUGGGAGAUGCCUGGGAUGUCGCGAAUACUACUUUGUUUCUGGUAUCGGAGGAGGCGAAAUAUAUAACAGGACAGAAGAUUGUGGUAGAUGGCGGAAUCACUUCUUCUACUGGAAGAGCUUGA